AUGAGUCUUGUGUGUCUGUGACAUAGGAACACUACUAAAGUGUACAGAACACGUUUCAGUGCAAGAGUCACAUCUCUGACAGCCUGACAGAGACGGUUGCCUUAGACAUAUGCUCAGCGUCACCAAUGUUAUACAGAAAACUGCAACACAAAGAAUUUGAUAGCAUGUCCACCAUGUAUCAUAAGAAUGCAAUGAGGGCUGAGAAUAUUUUUCAGAUAAAUGAUUGAUUGUGCAGAAAAUAAUCAUUAGGGAAUGAUAAAACAUCCAAGCAGGGUCUGAUCACUCUCUCCCGACUGAGAUUUCUGCUGAGAAUUUGUGCUUCUACUGGCUCUUUGAGAAAAGGACUCGCCCUGUCUGACACAUUCAUGAGUAUUACAAACUCAGGGUUAGUUGGAUAAUAGCUUCAUGGAGUAUGGUGCUAUAGUAACUAACUCAGAGAACUGCUGAACUGGCUCUUUGAAACCGUAAACCCAGAGUUUCCAUCAACUCUGAGUCAACUAACUCUAGGUUUUCACUAAACCUGCUUUCUGAAAUACCCCCAAUAUGUCAUAUUAAAUUUUGUCCAGCAGAUGUCUCUACUGUGCACUGUGUUGGAAAGCUUCUAGGCAGUGAAGCGUUUUUUCAAAAGAAGUCUCAUUGGUUCAGAAAGCCUGGAUUUCCUAUCCCUAGUCUGGGGUGAAACACAACCGACUGGGUUUUUAAACCAAGGGAAGCGUGAUGUGAUUGGGCUGUGAAAACAUGAGCAGGUGGUGCAAUCAGGAGGAGUUUCCACUUAUUGGUCCCCCUCAGCAAUGGAGCAAGUGAACUGAUGUCGGACAGGAGAAACACCAACGAGCAACAAUCAGGAACAUAAGGGACACCUGUAUCCAUAACAACAUUAAGUGAUGGAACAGAACAAAUCCAGAGACGUUGGCCCACAGGAGAAAGGCAGUUUUCCAGAGCCCAAGGUACUGAUGCUACCAGUAAACAUCAUCUUUGAUUAUGAGGACGAUGAGGCCGACUCCUCAAGAGAUGAAGAGCAGUGUUUAUCAGGGGACAUCAGUGAUUUACAGUUUUCCAGUGAGAAUGAGGAUGGGAAUGAAGACUCCACCUUUGAAAAGAGAAGUCCCUCAUCCAACGAAGCAAUGUCUUCCACCAGCACCAUGGAGUUUACCAUGACCGAGGAGGAGGAAGAAAAGGAUGAAGACAAACGGACAGCUCAGUUAAGCCAUAACAUUGUCUCCAGGGAAAAUGUCCUCAUUGCAAAUUCUGUGACAAAAAAAACUGAUCAGGUCACUGACGCAAAAAGGCAUGUCAGGUUCCCAAUGAAGACCAUGCCACAUUGGGAGGAAGAUGUAAAGAUGAACACCUGGAGAGCAGGCAAAUAUUCAGUGGUCCGCAAAGACUACUACUGCCUAGAGUGCUCCUACAGAAGCAGCAACUCUUAUAACCUGAAGCUGCAUGAGAGGACUCACACAGAUGAGAGGCCCUACGCUUGCCCAAAAUGUCGAGCUAGCUUCCGCACCCAGAGCCACCUCAACCGCCACAUCACGCAUGUAGACUGCAGUGCCAGGUUACAGAGGGUGGAUGGUCAGCCCCAGAAAUGUGUGGUCCGCCAGCGCAGGGGGGAGGUGGCAGAGUUGCGGUGUGAGAGCUGCGACUACUCCACCGCCCAAUCCUACAACAUGAAGGUGCACCAGCGUAUACACACCGACGAGAGACCCUACAGGUGUGAUAUAUGCGACGCCGCCUUCCGUACCAGCAGUCACCUGCACAGGCACACACGCAACCACCAACGUGCCGCACAGCCCAAGCCUACACCUGUUGCACUUGUUUUCCCACGUACACCUACACCUGACGCACCUGCUGUCCCUUGUGCAUCUACACCUGACACACACACAGUCCCUCGUGCACCUACACCCGAAGCACCCGCUGUCCCUCGUACACCUGCACCCGAAGCACUCGCUGUCCCUCGUACAUACACACCUGUCUAAAAGGCAAUACGGUCACCCACCCAAACUAAGAACUGCACAGGUCAAAAAGGAAAUGCAUGCUCUUAACCAAAAAGCCUGAUCCACCCCUUGCACAAACAAAAAUUGUGCCUGUUCCUGCUAAGCUAAAAAAAAAAAAGCUGUGCUAGACCAGUAGCUUGUAAAUUAUCACUGCAUUUGUUAUAAACAAAAGGUAGUUCCAAAUGUAUUGUCUGUUUAACAAUAUAUAUGGUAAAAUAUACAUGAUGUGUUCAGAUAUUUAGGCUACCCAGUCUGUUGACAGUAUGGCCAGUUUAACUUAUCAGUCUUUAUUGUGCUUACAACUUACUAUUAAAGUUCUCAACUUUUAGUUUUUAGGAAUAUUAAGGGUAGUGAGAGUAUGUUAGUAUACUUUUAUAACUUCAAGCUGAGUUGCUAUAGCUGGAUAGUUGACCAGAUUGGUUUUCCCAUAAGAAACUUUCAAGAUGGAGCCAAGAUGGAUCUGCUGUUACAUUAUUCUUAUUUCAUACACUUCAGAGUCCAUCGGAGUGAAAUAACCCACAGGUCGUGAUCUAUCCAUUGACUGCUUUCCAAUUGGAAUGUCACACCCAUUUUGGUCUCUUCAUUUGACAUUGGUCUGUUCUCUAUAUCUUCUUUAGCCAUAGACAGUUUGUACAGUAGAGGGUUUGUUUGCACAAGUGAGCUAAUAAAUUGUAGCUCAGCAAUUUAUAUCAUAUUUUUAUUGGAAAUAUUGUAUUGUAUUCCUUGUAUUCUAAAUAAAUGGGAACAUCACCCAAAAACAA